AUGAUGAUUGGUAUGAAAUUAGAAGAAAAAAAUCGUCUGCGUUUAAAAGUUCUUAAUAUGUUUCAACAUGGAUUUGGUUCAUACAUGAAAUAUGCUUAUCCUGCCGAUGAACUGAUGCCAUUGAGUUGUAAAGGUCGAUAUCGGGGCUCUGAGUUGUCACGUGGUGAUAUUGAUGAUGCACUUGGAAAUUUUUCAUUAACACUUGUCGAUAGUUUGGAUUCUUUAGCUGUUUUCGGAAUGUUUGACGAAUUUGAACAUGCUGUUCGUCGAGUUAUUCAACACGUUUCAUUUGAUCGUGAUGUUAUUGUUUCUGUUUUCGAAACAAACAUACGUAUGGUUGGUGGUCUUCUCGGUGGACAUAUAUCUGCAAAAUAUAUUCAUUUACAUUAUUCACCUCGGUUAUCUUGGUAUCGUGAUGAAUUAUUAAUUCUAGCACAUGAUUUAGCGCUACGUUUAUUACCAGCGUUUAAUACAACAAGUGGCUUGCCAUUGCCUCGUGUUAAUCUACGCUAUGGUGUUGAUUUAACAUUAUUAAAAAGUGAUAGUGAACGUUUUACAUGUACAGCCUGUGCUGGUACAUUAAUAUUAGAAUGGGCAACAUUAUCACGGUUAACAGGCAAUUAUUUAUUUGAACAAUAUGCUGAUCGUGCUAUGUCGUAUCUAUGGGAUAGACGACAUCGAAAGUCGAAUUUAAUGGGUACAAUACUUAAUGUACAUUCAGGCGAUUGGAUUGUACGUGAAUCAGGUAUUGGCGCUGGUAUUGAUUCAUAUUAUGAAUAUUUAUUUAAAGCUUAUGUUUUAUUGGGCGAGAAAAAUAAUGAUUAUUUAUCUCGAUUUGAAGAACAUUAUUCAUCUAUAAUGUCGUAUGUUCAACGUGGUGUUGCAAUGGUUACUGUUCAAAUGCAUCCACCAUAUCGUUUAGUAAAAAACCAUAUGGAUGCUUUAUUAGCAUUUUGGCCAGGUUUACAAGUUCUUACAGGAGACUUAAAAUCUGCUGUUGAACUACAUGAAAUGCUCUAUAAAGUUGUUCAGAAACAUAAAUUUCUACCUGAAGCAUUUACAACAGAUUAUCGGGUACAUUGGAAGUCACAUCCAUUACGACCGGAAUUUGUUGAGUCCACUUAUUUUCUUUACAAGGCUACUGGUGAUCCACAUUAUCUUGAAGUCGGUCGAACAAUCAUAAAUAAUUUAGAAGAACAUGCCCGUGUACCGUGCGGUUAUGCUGCUUUAUCUGAUGUUUCAACUGGUCAAAAAGAAGAUCGUAUGGAUUCAUUUGUAUUAGCUGAAACAUUUAAAUAUCUUUAUUUAUUAUUUGAUUCAACACCACAUCGUUUUAUUGAUAUUGAUCAAUUUAUAUUUACUACUGAAGGACAUCUUCUUCCACUUAAUAUUUUAUCAUUUGAUAUAAAUAAUACAUUAAAAAAUGAAUUCAAUAAGAUGACUUUAAAAUCAGCACAAAUAUAUGAACAAAACAAUAUUUCAAUAACUAUAAAACGAACUGAACGAAAAGCAAAAAUGAAUCAAUGUCCAGCUAUGGACGAUCAAUUUAAAUCACAUCAAUAUAAAGAAAAAUUACGACAGAAUAUUCGUGGAGAUCAAGAUAUGACAGAAACAAUAAUAACAUCAACAUCAAAUAAUAUUGAAAAACAAAAGAAUAAUACUUCCAAUCAUCGUCUAAUUGCUAUGGAAUUUUCACCAGAUAAUUCUCAGCAUUUAUCAGAAAUUACAAAAAUGGGUAUUCAAAUUCAACUUUUGAAUGAUGGCCAAGUUCAAUUAGUUCACAUUUCAUCCAGUGCUGAAUCAAUCGAUGAUGCUGAAAAUGGUAUAGUAUUUAUGCAAGAAAUGAUUGAAUUGAUGGAACAUACGAAUACGAUGGAUAAUUUUCAAACUUAUCAUUCAUCAUUAAGUGUCAUUCCAUUAAUGAUUCCAUCAUUAGAUAGACCAAUGAAAUUUAUUGUUUAUACUGCUCAAUUUGGUAAACAAUUACACAAAACUCAAGGCAUAUUUGCUCAAUUAUAUGUUGUUCAACCAUUUUCUGGUUGUUCAGAACUUUUAUCUUCUCAUUAUCUAUCUUUUCGUAUUGGUAUUGUUGGUCGUGGUGAUUGUAUGUUCAUCGAGAAAGCCCGUCAUUUAGAAAAUGCUCAAGCUAUCGCUGGAAUUGUUAUCGAUAAUAAUCUAUCAUUGAAGUCUUCGACUGGUGCAAUAUUUUCUAUGUCUGGUGAUGGAAAUAAUGAUGUAAAUAUUCCUCUUGUUUUAAUGUUUAAAGAUGAAGCUUUUCAAUUGGUAAAUCUUUUGUUAAAACAACCAAAAUUAAUUUUAUAUAUGGGAGAUGAAAAUUAUUUAAUGGAUAGUUUUUAUCAACAAAUGGAUUAUCUAAAUACUUUAAUUGGACCAUUUUAUCAAACUACAGAUAGAUGGAUCUAUGGACAAUGGGAAUUUUGUAAAACGAAUAUACAAUGUUCUGUUGUACCAAAAAAUUUAAAAGAAUUAGAAUUAACAAUUAAAAAACAGACUGAAAAUAGUAUUGAAACAGACGAUGAACCUUCUACUUUGGAUGCAAAUGAUGAAUUAAAUACUAUGGAUAGUAACUCUGUAGUAUUUGACAAACUGUUGGAAACAAUUCACUCUAUUGAUGAACCUUCAUUACAUUAUAAUAGACAAGAUGAAAAUGUUGAUCAACUGAGUGGAAAAACAAAACAGACUGAAAGAAACAAAAAGAUGAGUAACACAACACUUCCAUGA